ACCAGGGGCGGACUGACCAUUUGGAAACUCGGGCACUGGCCGAGGGCCCGGGGUCAGUAGGGGGCCCCAUGAGAUGCCCCUGGUACCUUUUUCAUAGGCUUUUUUGAGUUUGGGCAAGGACACAGGGCCCCAUGAUCCCCUAUUGCCCGGGGGCCCCAUGAGUUGUCAGUCCGCCCCUGCCCCUGACAAAUGACUUUCUCUAAUUUCCUAUUGAUUGUUUCCACAGGGAACAAGGUGAAUAGGAAUCUCCUGGGUAACAUACAGCAGUUCCUUCUCUUUGCAAAAUUGAUAAAAUUGGCUCUAAGUGUCCCUUUUGGAGGAAAAGAAAUGUAAUCUCC